GCGGCUGGACGGCUCGUCGGGCGCAGCUGUCUGGGGCUGUGGACAUCGCGCCGCUCCAGCCCGGGGCUGCCCACACCGAGGUCCUGCCGCUGUCGCCUCCACUCCACGGCCCAGUUUUACCGGCCACCACGUCCCCUGAGAUGGCAGAGGCCAGCAGAAGCUCCGGGGCCUGUGCAUCCUUCAGCGUCCUCAGCUGGGGCCAGGUUAGCCGGCUGCACGAGGUCUUGACUGAGGUGGUCCCCAUCCAUGGUCGUGGCAACUUUCCAACCUUGGAGAUAACCCUGAAGGACAUCGUGCAGACAGUGCGCAGCCGGCUGCAGGAGGCGGGCAUCCACGUGCAGGAUGUGCGGCUGAACGGCUCUGCGGCUGGCCACGUGUUGGUCAAAGACAACGGCUUGGGUUGCAAAGAUCUGGACCUGAUUUUUCAUGUGGCUCUUCCCACAGAGGCCGAAUUCCAGCUAGUGAGGGACGUGGUCCUGCGCUCCCUCCUGAACUUCCUGCCGGAGGGCGUGAAUAAACUGAAGAUCAGCCCGGUCACGCUGAAGGAGGCGUAUGUGCAGAAGUUGGUGAAGGUCUGCACGGACACGGACCGCUGGAGCCUCAUCUCCCUCUCCAACAAGAACGGGAGGAACGUGGAACUGAAGUUCGUUGACUCCAUCCGGCGUCAGUUUGAGUUCAGCGUGGACUCCUUCCAGAUCAUCCUGGACUCUCUGCUCUUUUUCUAUGAUUGCUCCAGUAACCCCAUCUCUGAGCAUGUCCACCCCACAGUGAUCGCGGAGAGUGUGUACGGGGACUUCGAGGAGGCCUUCGACCACCUGCAGAACAGACUGAUCGCCACCAAGAACCCCGAAGAGAUCCGAGGUGGGGGGCUUCUCAAGUAUAGCAACCUCCUGGUGCGGGACUUCCGGCCCGCCGACCAGGAGGAGAUCAAAACCCUGGAGCGUUACAUGUGCUCCCGGUUCUUCAUCGACUUCCCGGACAUCCUGGAACAGCAGAGGAAGUUGGAGACCUACCUGCAGAACCACUUUGCUGAAGAAGAGAGAAGCAAGUAUGACUACCUGAUGAUCCUCCGCAGGGUGGUGAAUGAGAGCACGGUGUGCCUCAUGGGACACGAGCGCAGGCAGACCCUGAACCUCAUCUCCCUGCUGGCCCUGCGCGUGCUGGCUGAGCAGAACAUCAUCCCCAACGCCACCAACGUCACCUGUUACUACCAGCCAGCCCCUUACGUCAGCGACGGCAACUUCAACAACUACUACAUCGCCCACCCUCCCAUCCCCUACAGCCAGCCUUACCCUACCUGGCUGCCCUGUAACUAACAUUAAGACCUGGGGCUCCUGGCCUGGGGGCCCAGCAGGGCAACACCUGCCAGGGAGAGCAGCCCCCUUCUAGAUGUAGGUGUUUGGCUUUUAAAGGGGGCAACUCAGCUCUGAUUUCUGCUUUUUUUUUUUUUUUUUUUUGGUGCGUGUUACCCAUCGGAGUGGGUCGAUCAUGAGCCAACCCCCAAAAGACCCAUUUUCUAAGUGCCACUUUGCAAAAUGCACUAGGAAGUGUCAACCACAGCUUUCCAACACAAGACACUGCCAUGCUGUGUGUACCGGCCACUCGGCACUGUACAGCGUUUGAGUUUGGGGGAGCUUGGCCCCACACAUGAGAAGUUACCUAAGCUACUCUAGGGCAGUGGUCAUUGGUCUGUACUUGGGGUUCUCAGCAAGUUCAUGAAUUUGUGCUGAGUGUGUCUCCUAUUGUGUCACUUUUAAUCAGGCCAAAAAAAAAAAAAAAAAGAGAGAGGGAGAGAGAAACACGAGGGUGCUCUUGUGAUUGGAAUUUUGUUCCCAGGAGUCAAUGUGGUGUAUGUUUAGUCCCUGUCAGGAGUGGAGGGUUUCUUUGAUCAAUAAACCAAAGGUAAUAGCUGGAGACUGCAGCUCUGAUUGGAAAUGGUUUAUGGUUUAGACACUGUGCUAUCUUGAGGAAUUACAAGAUACUAUGGAGAGGGAAAAUAAAAGAAUGGCUUUUUCUUGAAAA